CGUCGCGAAGCAAAAGUGGGAAAUUCAGAUCACGAGUCAAAUUCCAGCAGAAAACGGAGGAAAAGAGCGGGUUGCUUACGAUUUCUGCUCAACCCGGUCACUUUCUCCGAUCGUCUUGAUCUCUUUUGAUUCCUCUCAAUCUCCGAUCUGCUUCGGUUUUGCGUUCUCUGUUUGUUGUGAAAUUUUCCGAAUGCGGAACGGAUUCUGGUGAGAGUUGGUGUCGAGGUUUUGACUCGAUCUGAAUUCUAGGGUUUUUAGGUUUUGGAAAGAACGAUCCGUUAUGUUGUCGAAUCAUCUGCAAAACGGAAUCGAGACGGCGAAGCUGGUUUGGUCUCGGAUACCGAAUUCCGAGGAUGGUGAGGUUGAGGGAGUUGGACUUUUGAGUACGAGCGAUGGGAACAUUGUUGAGAGUCUUGACUAUGAAGUUAUUGAGAAUUAUGCCUAUAGAGAAGAGCAGGCACAAAGAGGGAAGCUAUAUGUUGGAUAUUAUGUGGCGGUGAAAUGGUUCUUUGCUUUGCUUAUAGGCAUUGGGACUGGACUCGCUGCUGUUUUCAUCAACAUUUCUGUGGAGAACUUUGCUGGCUGGAAAUUUGAGUUGACGUUUAAAAUAAUACAAACGUCAUAUCUGGCUGGUUUUCUGGUUUACGUAUUAAUCAACUUGGCUUUAGUGUUUUCUUCUGUAUAUAUUAUUACCCAUUUUGCUCCAGCAGCAGCAGGAUCUGGAAUUCCUGAAAUCAAGGGAUAUUUGAAUGGAAUUGAUAUUCAUGGUAUCCUUCUCUUCAGAACCUUGAUUGGAAAGAUAUUUGGAAGUAUUGGUUCUGUUGGAGGUGGACUGGCAUUAGGGAAAGAAGGCCCUCUUGUCCAUACUGGCGCUUGUAUUGCAUCUUUGCUUGGACAAGGUGGGUCCACAAAAUAUCAUCUAAGUUCCAGGUGGUUUCAUGUUUUCAAGAGUGAUCGUGAUCGUCGUGAUCUUGUAACCUGUGGGUGUGCAGCUGGAGUUGCUGCUGCUUUUAGAGCUCCUGUUGGAGGUGUAUUGUUUGCUUUGGAAGAGGUUACAUCUUGGUGGAGAAGUCAACUUAUGUGGCGUGUGUUUUUCACUUCUGCUGUUGUGGCUGUUGUGGUGCGUACUGCAAUGGGAUGGUGCAAGAGUGGGAAAUGUGGGCAUUUUGGAAGUGGUGGCUUCAUAAUAUGGGAUAUAAAGGAUGGCCAAGAGGACUACUCUUUCAGGGAAUUACUGCCAAUGGCAGUUAUUGGGGUUAUUGGAGGUUUGUUAGGGGCCUUAUUUAAUCAGCUUACAAUUUAUGUUACACGUUGGCGUCGUAAUUAUCUACACAAGAAAGGGAAUCGAGUCAAGAUUUAUGAAGCAUGCCUCAUUUCUGUCCUAACGUCAGUUGUGUCUUUUGGACUACCUCUUCUUCGAAAAUGCAGUCCAUGUCCUGAAGCAGACACUGAGGCUGGGAUUGAAUGUCCACAGGCUCCUGGAAUAUAUGGGAAUUAUGUAAAUUUUUAUUGCAGUAACAACAAGGAAUAUAAUGAUCUUGCAACCAUUUUCUUCAAUACUCAGGAUGAUGCCAUAAGAAACUUGUUUAGUGCCAAAACAUUUCGUGAGUUCAGUGCACAAAGUCUGUUGACCUUCUUGGUUAUGUUUUAUACCCUAGCAGUCGUGACAUUCGGUACAGCUGUUCCUGCUGGCCAGUUUGUUCCAGGAAUUAUGAUCGGAUCAACAUAUGGACGUCUUGUUGGCAUGUUUGUUGUUAACUUUUACCAGAAGCUCAAUAUUGAAGAGGGAACAUAUGCUCUUCUAGGUGCUGCUUCAUUUCUUGGAGGUUCAAUGCGGAUGACGGUGUCUUUAUGUGUCAUCAUGGUUGAAAUCACAAAUAAUUUGAAACUUCUACCACUCAUCAUGCUUGUUCUCCUUAUAUCAAAGGCUGUUGGUGAUGCGUUUAACGAAGGCUUAUAUGAAGAACAAGCACGACUGAGGAGCAUACCAUUGCUGGAAUCAAGACCAAAGUACAAGAUGCGGCAGAUGACUGCAAAGGAAGCCUGUGGAAACCAGAAGGUUCUUUCCCUUCCCCGUGUUGUGAAGGUUGCAGAUGUAGUUUCUAUUUUGCGGACCAACAAACACAAUGGUUUUCCUGUGAUUGAUCACUCAAGAAGUGGAGAGACACUUGUCAUUGGACUUGUGCUUCGCAGCCAUUUGCUGGUUCUUCUUCAGUCUAAGUUGGAUUUCCAGCAUAGUCCUUUGCCCUGUGACCCCAGUGGUGGUUCCAGAGCAAUGAGGCACAAUUUCAGUGAAUUUGCAAAGCCUGUUUCUAGUAAAGGAUUAUCAAUAGAUGAUAUUCAUCUAAGUUCGGAUGACUUAGAGAUGUACAUAGAUCUUGCCCCAUUUUUGAAUCCCUCUCCAUAUGUUGUUCCUGAAGAUAUGUCUUUGACAAAGGUAUAUAAUCUUUUCCGCCAACUUGGAUUGAGACAUGUAUUUGUUGUCCCUCGUGCUUCUCGUGUGAUUGGUUUGAUUACUAGAAGGGAUUUGCUGAUUGAGGACACUGAGGAUUCAGCUAUAUUGGAGCUCCAAUCAACUAGUAGGUCAUCGUAAUAGAAGAUUAUUCACAAGGAAUACAGAGGUGGACCGCCCACUUCUUGGCAGCCUGGUCCAGGAUCAUUCUGCCAGUUGAUACAGUGCCAAACCUGCCAGGCGGGCUAAUUCAUUUUUGCUUUUAUCGUUUUUUUUAACCCCAAGGCUUAAAUCAAAUUCCUUGCAUACAUACAUCAUCAGUAGGUCACAGAAUGGAACUUAUAUUUUGUGGGCGUAAUCCCUAUUGUAUGGUUAGCCAAAAAAAUGAAAUCCCUAUUGUAUCCAAUGCUGGGGGUUCAUACUCCAAACUAACUAUAAAUUUUGUAUGAUAUUUACAGUCAUGUAAGAGGAAUUAAUAUUUCCUGAUAGUGGGAAUGGAUUAACGUUGGCAUGAACCCUUUCUGUUCUUUUUUUUUUUUUUAAUUAUUAUGCCUUUUUUGGGUAUAAAUUAAUGAAGUAAAU